AUGUUCGGACAGUUUCGCUCUCAAUGGCCUUUGAUUACUAUUUCGCUCUUGUUCUUGCUUACUAUCGUUCGAAGUACGAAAGGGGCGAACAUUAUCUCUUUCUGCAAGUGUUCUUGCAUUGGUAAACCGCCACAAAUAAUACCUUUAAGUCAGACGAACGCAAAGAACGAAUGUGCAAAUUGCACAAGAGCGUUUUGUGAAGAGCAAUUAGGAAAAGAUUUCUGUGGACUAAAGACUAUAGAAGGCAAUCCUAUCGAUGACAACAGUUGUGGGACAGAGUUCACUGCAACAUGCUUUGAGCGUGAUUCAUACAAAGAUGAAGCCAUUGUUUAUAUGUAUAUUGUCAUAACGACUGGCUUGCUGUUUGCUGCUAUAGCUAAGCCGUUCCUCUCCCAUUGGCGGAAGAAGAGAUUAUAG